AUGCCGAUGCUGACUCAGCAUCAGCAACUCUCGUUGCUGCUGAUGAUGCUGAUGAGAAGGCGCAGAAGGAGGCUGUUGUUGGCGCUGCUCCUCGACGAUGACGAUGAGCGUGCACAGCUUGUCCAGCACACUGUACCAAACAAUCUCUUCUUCGACCACUAUGCGCUAGAGGACCCAGCUUUCCGCAUGAAGUAUUUCGUCACAAAAGCCCAGUUUAUGGAGCUUUAUCACGGUAUACAACCAUGGAUACCUUCACGGCGCCACGCUCAGAUCGACAUGCGUGUAGUCUUUGCAGCGGUCCUGCACAGGCUGUCGUCUGGGAACACGUACCAGCGAUGCCAGGAUGCGUAUGGGAUCAGCCGAUCCUUGUUUCAUGAGUACGAGCACUGCAUUGUGAUAGGUCUUGAUGAAUGGUUGGCACCGUUGAUUACGUUUCCUCGAAGCGAAGCCGAGGUGAGCGACGAGUGCCGGACGUGGUCGGACAUGGACCCGCAAUUCGAAGACUGCGUGGGGGCGGCCGACGGCACCCUGAUCCACUUCACACCCCGUGGGCUGACAGAGGAAGAGCGCAAGUCAUGGCUGUGCAGAAAGGGGUUUAUGUCCAUGAACAUCCUUGUUUGCAUUCGCCACAACAGAACGUUCUCUUUCGUGGCUUCUGGAUUCGAAGCAGGGGCUUGUCAUGAUAGCUACAUGGUGGAGCAGAGUGGAUUCCUGAACACAAUACCUCGCGGGAAGUAUGUACUGUUUGACGCAGGAGGGCCUCUCGUCAACAAGCGCAUGCUGACGCCAUACAGGAACACGAGAUACCAUGUGAGUGCGUUUGGCGGCAAUCCCCCGGUGGAGCAGGCGAUCGGUCAUCUUAAAUCUCGAUGGAAGAUCCUGUCGUCCUCUCGCUUCACCUGCAGCAUUGACAAGUGUAUACAUUACGUCAACGCAUGCGUUGGUCUUCACAACUUUAUUGCUGAGCCACAAGAUGAUGAUGACGUUGAAGAUGAGGAAGACGACGACGACGACGUCGUUGCCCAGAGUCCGGCGCACGAAGCCCUUGUUUGGCGUGAUAACAUUGCCAACAAGUGCUUUGACACGUUUAUGCAAGCGCAGUGA